AUGCCUCAGACUCGUCCACUGUUUGACUUUCUUCUGCAGGUAUCUCGACAGGUGGACUCAGAGGUUGAUCGGACUCAGAAACCUCAAAGACACUUGUGUCUCGUGUCAGUUCCUCCCUUUGAGGGUGAGUUUCUUCCUUUUCACAGACGACCAAUCUCAGCUCUUGUGGCUCGAUUGGAACAGUUGUGUUGGUGUCUGAUGGUGAUGUUUUAUCGAUACCUACAGCAGGUUCUGGUUGGGGCCGAGUUGGUGGAGCUUCACACACCACCAAAUUCAGCUCUUGUGGUUCAAUUUGAAGAGUGUCUUUGGGAGAUUCCUUCACUUCCUUAA